AUGACUGUAGCUAACAUGGCUGAAGCAAGGUGCUGCUUCAAACUCCUCUAUGCAAUUGUGGUGGUGCUUUUACUAAACAUGCACAGUCCUUGCAUUGGAUGUAGCGAGAGGGACAGGCAAGCACUCCUUGCACUCAAACAAGGCCUCGUGGGUGACGACGGCCAUCGCCUCCUUUCAUGGGGAAGAGAAGCCCAAAACAAAAAUUGUUGCCAAUGGGAAGGAGUCUACUGUAGCAGCAACCAAACUGGCCAUGUUGUUAAGCUUGCACACUUGCAAUAUCUCGAUCUCAGCUCUCAUGGAUAUUCUGUUAUACUCCCUAAGAACUCUAUUCACGCAAAAAACCUCAAUUGGCUCCCUAAUCUUUCAGGGCUGAAACACUGGACCUAA